AAUAACACCAGCCGGCGAUAAAUUCAAAACAAUUUUUAUUUGGAAAUUAUUUGGAAACAAAGUCAUUAAUACGAUUUAUAAUAAUAUUAAUGAAUGUAAAAAAUAUUAGUAAAUCCUUUUUUAUUGAGUUAUGGACCUAGACGAUGGUUUGGACGAACUUUUAGCAGAUAUAAAUGAACCGUCCUGUGCAAAAAAGUAUAAGACCGAUGUUUUGGAAUUAAAUCAGCCUGGAGCUGUUAAUGAUUCUGAGAAGAAAGGAACAGACACUGAGUCAGAACCUAAACCAGGCACGUCCAAAGGACAUUGUGUGCUAGUAAAUCAGAAACAACGUGGAAACCCUCUAUUGAAAUUCAUUACCAGUGUACCAUGGGAGUAUGAUGACAUAGUGCCAGAUUAUGAGAUUAGCAAAACCAUUGGUAUUUUGUUUCUUUCAGUUAGAUAUCACAAUUUAAAUCCUGAUUAUAUACACAACAGGCUAAAAGAAUUGGGGAAAAAGUAUGAAUUGAGAGUUCUUUUAGUACAGGUAGAUCUAAAAGAUCCCCAUUCUGUGUUAAAAAAUUUAACAAGGAUAUGUCUUUUAACAGACUUAACAUUAAUGUUAGCAUGGAGUCCAGAAGAGUCUGGGAGGAUCAUAGAGAAUUACAAAAUAUUUGAAAAUAAGCCUCCUGACAAAAUCAUGGAGAAAAUAGAAAACGAUCCUCAUCAAAAGAUAGUCAAUGCUUUGUCAUCUAUAAAACCAGUCAAUAAAACAGAUGCAAUGACCCUUAUAUCAACAUUUGGUUCUCUAGAAAAUAUUAUUAAAGCAACUGAGAGAAGACUGGCUGAUUGUCCAGGCUUUGGAGCCACCAAAGCUAAGAAACUUCAUAAGGCCUUGCAUGAACCAUUCUUAAAGAAAGGAAUCAUUACAAAUAAGGAGGAUGACAAUUUUGCGGGCGAUCUUAGUAUAGAAGAAGUUGAAAGAAUUGAAACAGAAAAUGAAACAAGUAAUAAAGAUUUAUAAGUUUUGAAAUAGUUUUUAACAAGUUGAAAAACCAAGUUGGAAUUUGGCUAGUUAGGGUCAGUUAACAUUACACGUCAUUUAAACAUGAUCAGGCGUUUUGAAAUAAUUACGAAUAGGCAGCCAAACAUCAAGAGCAGCAAUUCGAUGUGUAUCUAAGUA